GCUGGGGUCGGCACGGGCCCGAUUUGUGCUGAUCAGCGGUAAGUGGAAAUCGUGUAGAAGUGGUCCUUCGAGCGUGCGUUUUCCCGCGGUCCCUGCGAUGCGAUGGGGCAUCCCAGCGUCCCUGCUCUAGGAUGCCAAGUCUUGUAUGAUCAUCACGUCACACAGUUUCCACCUAGGUUGAGCCGCCUGGUGCCGCUUGAUUCGCGCGUGUGCACGCACAGCAUUGCGAGUUUUAGGCUCCCGCCUAGCCACGGCUUCGCCAGCAUGUGUGUGGCGGGUCCGUUACGUCGGAUGCGCUUUCAUCGUUCGGUACCUCUCGUCAUCCACCCUCCGAGAGGUGCAACGCUGCAUGCCGGCGGCGAGUCUUUGAGCCCACCGUGCGGGAAAAUCCGAUGCGUUCUGUGCACGAAAUUAGCGGGGAUGUCCAGGAGGGGGGUAUGAGGAUCCACAGUGGUGCAGGUCGCUUGUCCAUGAUAGUUGUCCGCGCUGCUCCGGAGCACGCCUUCAAUUCUUUUAUAGCUAGAGAUUUUCACGGCGAGCAUUCUCAACUGGGGCACGGCGACGGAUUUUAUAGUUCGGCGGGCAUGGACCCAUGCGGCUUUCUCAAAGUCGUGAUGCCGCCGCUCUGCUUGCUCCUAGCGUGUAAAGUAGGUUUAGGAAGGCACGGCUGUCGACGGAGUCCGAAUUCUCUCCAUUUGGUGGCGUGCGGGCCGGUGCGGUCACCAGGCUGCGGGCAGGCAGACGCGUGCAGUGCGCCCGUGCCCGGGAGAGGGGGCCGGCUCGCCACCGCCGAGGCUUCCGCGGGGCGCGGCGGGCCUCGGCGCCCCACCGUGGCCAGCAGAGGCCCGCUGCCACCACGGGCGUUGCGCAACCGGGUCCGCGGGAGGCCCGGCGAUGGUGGCCCCGUUUCCUGUCCCCGACUGCGCGCAGGGAGGAUCCACCCGUGCUUGCCCGAAUCGCCCCAGGCAUGGCAUCAUCAUAGUGGUGCCGAGUGCCCUCUUGCGUUUAGGUCGGCCGAAGGGCUGGCUUGAGAGGCAGAGACGUUUGCAGGAGCCUGUGUGGCGCGCUCCCCGCGCAGGCAACACUGCACCUUCGCUGGUCUGGUCCUGGUGGCACGGUUCGCCAGUGCCAGCGCAGCAUUCCUGGUGGUGGCUUUUCGAGAACCGCCGGGCAUCAUGUAAGCAGCCACCGUUGCCCCUGUCUGUUGGAGAUGCCCUUGUUGGCGAAGGCCUGGCGCGGCUACUGGACUGCGUGUACCCCAGAGGUCGUGGAAACCUUUGUUGGGAGACACAUCUCAGGAGGGAAAAAGACACAGAGACACAAUUAAUCGUCG